AUGGUACACUUGUACCUUGCUUACUUCGAGUCUGUGUUUCGCAUCUUACAUAUUCCCUCUUUCUGGAUCGAAUACGAGCAAUAUUGGAGCGCUCCCACGGAGGCUGAUACCAUUACUCAACUCAAGAUCCAGCUAGUUGCCGCCAUCGGAACUGUCGUUACCCAAGAUGCUACCAAAACGACAGGCAUCUAUUCCACGGCGUGUCAGUGGCUAUAUGCCGCUCAGGACUGGCUGGCUGGACCCAUGAAAAAGAACCGCAUCAGUAUCGGUAGUCUGCAGAUUCAGUGCUUGCUGAUCCUGGCUCGACAGGCUCUUUCUGUUGGGGGAGAUGUCGUUUGGAUAUCGAUGGGCACUGUCGUUCGGACCGCGAUGCAAAUGGGUCUACACCGUGAUCCGAAACAUUUCAAGAGUAUUGGCAUUCUUGAAAGCGAGGUUCGUCGAAGACUCUGGGCGACCAUCCUGGAGCUGGAUAUCCAGUCAGCCUUGGACGCCGGAGUACCACCUACUCUCUCAGUACAUGAUUUUGACACAGGGCCUCCCUCCAACAUCAACGACAAGGAUAUUGAUGAGCAAACCGAGGCUCUCCAGGAACAUCCCACAACGACGGCGACUGAUUCAUCACUACAGCGAUUCCUCCUCCAGGCUCUCCGUCCAAGGUUAGAAGUUGCCCGUCGCAUGAACGGGCUAGUACCCGCGGUUUCCGAGACAUCGUACAAAGAAUUCUGCACUCUGACGACCACGAUCAUCAGCGCCUGCCGGGCCUGUAGCUCGCAUAUACCCAGGACGAGCAGCUUGGACGCAGCCUCGUUCCACCACCACCUCGCAGACCUCCUUCUCCGCCGCUUCAUACUCCAUCUUCAUCGGCCCCUUGCUAGCCGAGCCCGAAGUAACCCACUGUACUAUUUCUCGAGGAAAAUGAGCCUGGAUGCCGCCAUGGCUAUCCUCACCCCGGUCCCCAAGAACCCUGAAUUCGCGCGUCUCGUGCUAGUCGGGGCGGGUAUGUUCAAGAACCGCAUGAUCCACGCGUCCCUGGCCGUGGCGUCGGAAUUGCUCAUGGAUGUUGAGGAGCAAAGCCCGCUGGAAUAUCCCACGCCCUCACGGGAAUCCUCGGCCUAUCGAAAGAUGUUGACGGACGCGUUGCAAGAGGCGCUGCGGCAGUCUACCGAGCGGAUCCGUCUCGGGGAGACGAAUGUCAAGCUACGUAUGAAGCUGAGUAUGGCUCUGCGCCAGGCGGAGGUGGCAGCAUACGAGACCUCGUCAUCGAUGCAGCAGUUGGCCCAAGUCGCCAAGGAGAGCCUGGAGUUUUCAUACGCGAUCAUCCAGGAGCGGGCAACAGCUCAAGGAGUUGACAUUGAAGCUGGAGGACGGAGCGGAAUGUCCGAGAACGUUGACCAGGAUGACUUCGACCCAGAGCACUUCUCGCUCGACCCGAACUUUAGCUUGGACGACCUCUUCUUCCUUCCUACAGAUCUAGAUGUGAAUGGUGUAGCAAGGCUUCCUCAAAUGUAA